UCCACCACCACAUCACGUCCAGCCCCAGGUCGUACGACGUCUUCCAAGAAGAAGAAGGCGGUCGUCAAUCCCGAUGCUAUGUCGACUUCUGAUGCUGCCCGCAUACUCAGAGCUAUGGAAAUAUCCAACCCAUCAGCUGCCUACUCCGUUACCAUCAACACUCGUAUAUCUAAAUCAUCCCUCCUCCUCCGUGGUAGGGUAUCCCUACCUACCGACGCACGUAAAGCCCCAGAAGUCAUCGUCGUAUUUGCCGAUCCCGACUCUCCUUCCGCUACCGUAGCUCGAGCCGCAGGAGCUCAAUACGUAGGGGGUGCAGAUCUCUUCCCUUUGAUACUGAACGGAACUAUCACACCUACCAAAUGUCUCAGUACACCGGGGAUGUUACCAGAAGUCUCGAAGGCGCUGGCCAGGUAUUUAGGUCCGAGAGGUCUCAUGCCUGUUGCUAAACGUGGUGGAGUGGGAGAAGGGGAGGAGCUUGGGGAGAGAAUCAGAGAAGCUGGUGGAGCGAUGGAUUGGAAGGCGGAUAAAUUGGGAGUGGUCAGAGCUCCCGUGGCGAGAAUGGACUUUGAUCUCCCUGCUGUGGAAAAUAAUGUCAAAGCUAUGAUACAGACUGUUCGUGAGGCGUCUAUCAAGAACGCUCAGACGGACAAUCUGACAGCUUCAAAGGGAAAACGAGGUAAGUCACGUACACUUGUACAAUGA